AUGCAUUCCAAAGUUAUAAUUGUUGGUUCAGGUCCUGCUGGGCAUACAGCUGCCCUUUAUUUAUCAAGAGCUACUUUAGAACCUGUAAUGUUUGAGGGUUUUCUCGCUAAUGGUUUUGCUCCUGGUGGUCAACUUACAACGACCACUGAUGUAGAGAAUUAUCCAGGUUUUCCCGAUGGAAUCAUGGGUCCGGAGAUGAUGGAAAAAUUUCGUCAACAAAGUUUAAAAUUUGGAACGAAAAUUCUUACAGAGACUAUUUCAAAAGUUGAUCUUUUUUCGCGUCCUUUUAAAUUAUGGCGUGAAGGUGCUGAAGAUAAAGAACCUGAUACUGCUGAUACCAUUAUUAUUGCAACCGGUGCAGCUGCCAAGAGGUUAAACCUGCCGGGUGAAGAUACCUAUUGGCAAAAAGGAAUUUCUGCAUGUGCCGUAUGCGAUGGUGCUGUUCCAAUAUUCCGUAAUAAAUCACUUGCGGUGGUUGGAGGUGGUGAUUCUGCUGCUGAGGAAUCUUUAUUUCUCACAAAGUAUGCAUCUCAUGUGUAUGUAUGUGUUCGUAGAGAUAAACUUCGAGCAUCAAAAGUCAUGGCUAAUCGUUUACUUUCCAAUCCAAAAAUUACUAUCCUUUGGAAUACUGUGCCUAUUGAAUGUAAAGGUGACGGGAAACUUUUAAAUAACCUAAUUAUCAAGGAUACAAAAACUAAUGAAAUAAAAGAAUUAAAAGUCAAUGGUCUUUUCUACGCAAUUGGCCAUGUGCCAGCAACCGAAUUAGUCAAAGGUCAAUUAGAUUUAGAUCAAGAUGGUUAUAUUAUCACUAAACCAGAUACCACUUAUACAAAUAUUGAAGGAGUUUUCGCUGCUGGUGAUGUGAAAGAUAAAAAAUAUAGACAAGCUAUUACAAGCGCUGGUUCGGGAUGUAUGGCAGCUUUAGAAUGUGAACGUUGGUUAAGCGAACGUGCAGAAGAAUAA